AUGGGACGUUUGGGCAUCAUCAAUAUCCAAAUUGCGCAAGGCGUGAUUGAACGACUUCAAGUGGAUGAGAGCAACAUAACUAGCAUCUUGCAACUUUCAGUUGUUCAGCAGAUGGGCAUGGUGACUAAGAUCAACAAGUCAGCCACGUCACUAACAGACAUUUAUGAUCAUAGACGAAGUCUCCUUUACAAUGGCAUCCUGGGCAGGCCAUGGAUUGGCAAGAUUAAUGCCAUCACUUUAGCCACACACCAGAAGAUGCACUACCCAAUCUCUAGGGUGGUGUUAGUAGCAAAGAAAGACCAAUGCAAGUGGAGAGUUUGCGUCAACUACACCGACCUCAACAAGGCAUGCCCAAAUGACAACUUUCCACUACCGAGAAUUGAUCAACUCAUAGAUACAACUUCUGGUAACCAGCUGCUCAACUUUAUGGACACCUCCUCUAGCUAUAAUCAAAUCAUGAUGCAUGAAGACGAUAAAGUAAAGACCUCAUUCAUAAUCGAAAAAGGUACCUACUGCUACAAAGUCAUACCCUUUGGGCUAAAAAACGCCGGAGCAACCUACCAAAGGCUCAUGAACAAGAUUUUCAAGGAGCACAUCGACAAGACUAUGGAGGACUACGUAGAUAACAUGCUAGUCAAAGCUCCCCAACAAGCAAAUCACAUCAAGAACCUUGUCGAAGCCUUCGUCAUGCUCAGAAAAUACCGCUUGAAGUUAAAUUUGAGCAAGUCACAUUUAGAGUCUCAUCCGGCCAAUUUUUGGGACACUUAG